AAAAGGCUCUCCCGAGCCCUUCCCGUAAGGAUGACACACCAAAUCGAAACGUCUACGUUCUCCGGCGACGAACUCGCAAUCCCACCACCGCCGGUAUUCUCUCUCUGUUUCUUUUCCUCGUCUCUUUCGUUCUCUGGGCGUCUCUCAUUCGCUUCUCUCUCUUCUCUCUCGUGAUCGUUGCAAUGGUAAUUUUGACCUCUCCCACCCCACCCUUUUUUUUCAAAAAUUUGUGGAAAAUUUUGAUGGAAUCAAUCGGAACCGUAGAAUUGCUGUUCUUGGAUUGUGAUGGGUUUUGCUUUGGAGCGCAGAGAAAGGAUGGCAAUGGCGGGGCAAGGCAGGGGGGCGAGAGGGGCAAGCAGCGGCAGGGGAAGAAGAGGGGCCUGAUCCCGAAGAGGGGGAUGGGGUACGGGGCGUCGAUGGCCUCGGAGCGCUGCAUCUCCUGCACGACCUUCAACAUUCUCGCGCCCAUCUACAAAAGGCUCCAUGAGGAGGAUCAGAGCUGCAGGGAGAGCCACCAUAGAGCAUGCUGGCUGAGCCGGAACCAGAGGAUCAUAGACCGGCUGUUGGGAGACAUGUCCUCCAUAAUUUGCCUCCAGGAGGUCUGGCUUGGGAACGAUGAACUCGUCGAUAUGUACGAAAGGAGGCUGGGCGAUGCUGGUUAUAUCACUCUGAAGCUUGCACGCACGAACAAUCGCGGCGAUGGUCUGCUUACUGCUGUGCAUAGGGACUAUUUUAGAGUUCUAAAUUAUCAAGAUUUGCUGUUUAAUGAUUUUGGGGAUCGUGUAGCGCAGCUACUACAUGUUGAAUCAGUUGUUCCUUUCAAUCAAAGUCGAAACAGCAGUGUUCAACAGCAGAUUCUCAUUGUAAACACCCACUUGUUAUUUCCUCAUGACUCCAGCUUAUGUAUACUUCGCCUGCAGCAGGUAUACAAGAUCCUCCAGUCUAUAGAAUCUUAUCAGAAAGAAUAUAAGCUUAGUUCUAUUCCUAUCAUACUCUGUGGGGACUGGAAUGGAAGUAAACGCGGACAUGUUUACAAGUUUCUUAGCUCCCAGGGGUUUGUGUCAUCUUAUGAUGCUGCUCAUCACUAUACCGACAGUGAUGCAGAUGCCCACAAGUGGGUUAGCCACCGCAAUCAUCGUGGAAAUAUCUGCGGAGUCGAUUUCAUAUGGCUUCUUAAUCCCAAUAAGCACAGGAAGCCCCUGAGAACUAGCUGGAAUGAAGCUGUAUUUGGAAUUAUUAAGUAUCUUCUCAGAGCUGCUUCUCUUACAGAGAAUAAUGCAUUUGCGUUCCUUAAAGGGGAUAGCCCUGGUGAUUGCAUUACCUACUCAGGUUUUUGUCAGGCACUCUGUCAGUUACACUUAACCAGCCAUCCUCACGGCUUAAGUCCCCAAGACAUAGAGGAGUUGUGGAUUCAAGCUGACAUUGACGGAAACGGUGUUGUGGACUAUGAAGAAUUUCUGCUAGCUAUCUGGAAUCCUAAACGGUCGGAGCAACCUGAGAACUUUGAGAAGAUGACUGAGGUCGGACUGAAAAUGGGUGCCGAGAGGCUGCUGGCUUUUGGUUUCAAUGUGAAGAAUGCUGUUCUCUUCCCACCAGAAGUGGAGAAAGGAACGUGGCCGGAGGACUACUCUCUAUCUGAUCAUGCACCACUGACUGUCGUGUUUUCUCCUGUGAGGAUGCCUUGUUUCCGGAGAAUAUGCUAAUCCUCAUGUUGCCGAUUUAUGUAGAGUUUGUAUAGAGAGAGGUAGAAGGCAGAGAUACAACUGAUAGCUGAAGCAGGAGAUAUAAAUGAAGCAGCGUUAGACAAAAUGUUGAGAUGCAGAUAAAUAGGUCCUCUUAUGUGAAUAUUUUAUGAUUGGAAAGAUACAUUGUAUCGAGGAUAGAUCAAAUUGUUGGAGUAGGUCAUCUGCUAUGAUAUUUCUUUUUGUUUCCUGAUCUGGCUUGUGAAUCUAGAAAUGCCUUCUUCU